AUGUCUGCAGAUAACACAGAUAGGAUCGAACAAUUCUUCGAGGGAAAAACAGUUCUCGUGACCGGUGCGACAGGAUUUUUGGGCAAGGUCAUCAUCGAAAAACUUCUAAGGGCAUGCCCUAAAGUGAAGCAAGUGGUAGCUUUGGUACGGACCAAGAAAGGAAAGAAUCCUGAGCAGCGAAUGGAGGAAAUCUUAAAUGGCCCUCUCUUCGAGACUUUAAGGAAGAAAUGGGGUCCAGAUCAUUUGAACAAGGUUGUAGCUAUCGAAGGGGACAUUACCAAGAGGAAUUUGAACCUUUGCUCGGAAGACAAGGCUUGGUUAUGCGAGGAAGUUGAGAUUGUGUUCCAUUGUGCUGCCACAGUCAGAUUUGAUCAACCUUUGAAAACUGCGGUACUGAUAAACGUGAAGGGAACCAAGCAAAUACUGGACCUUGCCAAAGGAAUGAGGAACUUGCAGGUGUUUCAACACAUAUCAACCGCCUAUUGUCAUUUGGAAGAGAAAAAACUCCUGGAGAAAGCCUACGAACCACCAGCAAACCCACAUCAUAUCCUGAAGCUAUGCGAAUUGUUGAGAGAUGAAGAGAUUGAGUUUAUAACACCAAGGUUGUUAGGGAGGAUCCCGAACACUUACGCUUACACCAAAGCCCUCGCUGAAGCUUUGGUGUUGGAGGAGAUGGAUAAAGUUCCAGCACUCAUCAUUAGGCCUUCUGUUGUGGUCCCAAUUUGGAAAGAACCAAUUCCUGGAUGGACUGACAACUUAAAUGGGCCUGCAGGGCUUCUGAUUGGGGCUGGUAAAGGGGUGAUAAGGACGAUGUACAUCAAAGAAAACUCCUUCAGCGACUAUAUCCCUGUGGAUGUUGUAGCUAAUGCAAUCUUGACCCUAACCUUCCUCAGCACCCUAAACACUUUUAGGUCUCAGAGGAUAUACCACAUCACCAGCAAUGAAGACGUCAGAGUAUCAUACGAUGAAAUAAUAAAUAUGGGGAGAAAAAUCGUUGAAACCAUAAUACCACUACCUGGCGUGGCCUGGUACCCUGGAGGCUCCAUAAAAAGAUCGAAAUUCUACAACAACCUCAGUUUCCUGCUUUUCCAAUGGAUACCAGCACUACUAGUCGAUACAAUCUUGUUCGUUUUGGGCUUUGAACCAGUGUUGAUGAGGGUGCAGAGGAGGAUAGCUAAAGGUUGUGAGGUCAUGGAGUACUACGCGAACAACGAAUGGAUAUUUAGCAAUCAAAGGACGAAAGAAAAAAGGACCCUGCUCAACUUAACAGAGAGGAAAAAGUAUAAAUUGGACUGUGAUGGCUUCGACUAUGAGGAAUACUUUACGAAUUGCGUGUUAUGCGCUAGGAGAUACAUUCUCAAUGAACCAGAUGAGAAUAUUCCGGCUGCGAAAAGACAUAUGUUCGUGUAAGUAUACAGGGUGAUAAGAUAUGAUCUUUUGUAACUGGGAUUUUUUUCAGGAUGUGGUUGGUCGAUAGGACUUGCAAGGUUUUGAUUCUAUUCGCAACCAUUUACUCGUUAUACAAACAUUUGUAUCUACGUAUUUUAAAGUGAUUCAAUUUAUUUAUACCUCAAUAAAGUUUGAACCAAUAAUUG